AUGGCCUCGACGCGUAGAAGGAUUGAAACCGAUGUUAUGAAACUUCUUAUGAGUGAUUAUGAAGUGACACUUAUUAAUGAUAACAUGCAAGAAUUUUAUGUUAGAUUUCAUGGACCAGAAGAUACACCAUUUACCGGUGGAAUUUGGAAAGUUCACGUAGAACUACCUGAACAAUAUCCAUUUAAAUCACCUUCGAUUGGAUUUAUGAAUAAGAUAUUCCAUCCAAAUAUUGAUGAACUGAGCGGAUCCGUUUGUCUUGAUGUUAUCAAUCAGACUUGGAGUCCAAUGUUUGAUAUGAUUAAUAUUUUUGAAGUUUUUCUUCCUCAACUUUUACGAUAUCCAAACCCAACUGAUCCACUUAAUGGCGAAGCUGCUGCUUUGUUAAUGAGAGAACCUCAUACAUAUGAAGCUAGGGUAAAAGGUGAGAUCUAUGUUACAUAUUAUAUGAGAUAA